GAGCCGGCAGCUGACAGCACACUGCAGCCCUGCUGUUGUCACCAUGAGGGCCGUGCUCUGGGACCUGCUGCUGCUCUGCCUCUUUGCCCGUGCAAGGAGUGACUGUCGAGGGGAUUGCCUGCGCUGCGACCGCCACUUCUACCGGGAUGGCUUCGACCUCCUCGUCUGCAUCCUGGAGUGCGAAGGCGAAGCCGUCCCGCGGGCCACCUGGGAGAUGUGUGCCACCAGCAUCCGAUCUGCGCCGCGUCCAGGUGCCGUCGGUGCCGGCGUCCUCGGUGCCAUGGAGCCGGCUGAGGCGGUGGCGAGCCCGCUGCAGGUAAGCGAGCUGCUGCGGCGCCGGGACGCCGAAGACGGAGGUGCCGGGAUGGCGCCGGGCGCUUUCCCAUCGCAGGACGAGGACAUUUCCCGGCGGCUCGGAGGUGGCUUCCCACGGGGGACACGCGGCUCGUGGCCGGCGGCCCGUGGGGUGCAGAAGAGAUACGGGGGCUUCAUCGGGGUGCGCAAAUCGGCGCGGAAGUGGAACAACCAGAAGAGGUUUAGCGAGUUCCUGAAGCAGUACCUGGGCAUGUCGCCCCGCUCCAGUGAGUACGACAUGGCCGGCGACCUCAGCGAGCACAACGAGAUCUAGCCGGCCCCGCGGCACCGCGCCAUGGACACGCGCACCAUGGCCAAAAAGUCAAUCCAUUGCCCCAACCCCAAAACCUCCGUUAGGAAGGGUUUCUCCAGGAAGCGAUGGCUGCUUGUUGGUUUUCUUUAUUAUUAUUGUUUUGUUUUGUUUUGUUUUUCAUUGUACCCUCAAAAUAUCAUAAUUUUACCCCCUCAGCUCCUACCCAUCCUUUGCCCCUUUUGCUUUUUUUGGUUGGCACGUUUUGCCCAAGAAACACCAAUUUUGCUCCGCUGAAUGGCGAUGCUGGAUCUUGGGAUGCUCCAGUGCUGUGUUCCCCAUUCCUAAUGGGUGCACAUCAAAAACAGAAGGGAAAAAAAUAAUGGCUUGGAAACACCAAGCCCCAAGGCUGGGCUGUGAGUUCCUACCUCAGUGACACCCCAGAAAUAUCCCUUUGCCAUAGGUCACAUUGGGAUGUAAGGCAAAAGGGUUUUGUCCCCAACACCAUAAAAGUGUGCAGAAUGUUUCAGCCUCCUCCUCCCAUUAGAAAAAACAAAAAAGACCAUAAACCAGACCUGUUGCUUCUGUAAAUGAGAUGACUCUCCCCCAAAGCAUCGCAUUGGCAAAACCCAGUGGUGAGCGGGUAGCAUCCCCCUGGGCCCAGGAAACAGUGCUGGGAUGCUCUGAGCCCCCACCCCACAUCCAACCACACCCUGUAACACUGAAAUUAAGUAGAAUUUUUUAUUUCCCUCCUCCUUUAUUAUUAUUUUUGCCUUUUUUUGUUUGUUUGUUUGUUUGUUUUUUUGCUGCAAAGCAUCUCCUUAAAACCAGGGGAUUCCUUUCCAGCCCCGCAGCCCGCAGGGCAGAGCAUCUUGGGGCAAAGCAUCCCGGGACAAAGCAUCCCGGCCCCUCUCUUGCACUGCUCUCAGCUGCAAUUAUUAUUAUUAUUUUUUUUUAUUAUUAUUAUUUUUAUUUUUUCUGUUUUGUUUUGUUUUUGUUUUUGUUUUUGUAGCGUUCCGGCACCGCGUCCCGGCACCUUCCGCCAGGCACAGGCAAAAUUAAACCCUGCUCCUGUCCACCCAAGCAGCCUCCAACCUCUCUCUGACGGACCCCAAAGCGCUUCAGACUCGCACGCGUCCCGAAAUCAUUUUUCUCCCUUCUCGAGAGCAGCCAACCGGGUGCAAUUUAAGCCAGGACGGGAAAGGAUGAGGCCACCGCCGGAGCCAGGA